UGUUUGUUUCUCUGCUUUCUGUUUACAUCCUAAAGGAUGAUGCUCGUCAACUCUUUGUGUUAGCUGGAGCAGCAGAAGAAGGAUUUAUGACUGCAGAGCUUGCUGGAGUUAUCAAGAGACUGUGGAAAGACAGUGGAGUUCAAGCUUGUUUCAACAGAUCUAGGGAAUACCAGCUUAAUGACUCUGCUGCCUAUUACUUGAAUGACUUGGACCGGAUAGCACAAACCAGCUACAUUCCAACCCAACAGGACGUUCUCAGGACUAGAGUGAAAACUACAGGAAUAGUGGAAACCCACUUUACUUUCAAAGAUCUUCAUUUUAAAAUGUUUGAUGUUGGAGGCCAAAGGUCAGAGCGGAAGAAGUGGAUUCAUUGUUUUGAGGGUGUUACAGCCAUCAUUUUUUGUGUGGCAUUAAGUGAUUAUGACUUGGUCUUGGCUGAAGAUGAGGAAAUGAAUCGGAUGCAUGAAAGCAUGAAAUUGUUUGACAGUAUCUGCAACAAUAAAUGGUUCACAGACACGUCUAUUAUUCUCUUCCUGAACAAGAAAGAUCUUUUUGAAGAAAAAAUCAAAAGGAGUCCUCUCACUAUUUGCUACCCUGAAUACUCAGGAUCAAACACUUACGAAGAAGCAGCUGCUUACAUUCAGUGUCAGUUUGAAGAUCUGAACAAGAGAAAAGACACAAAGGAAAUCUACACUCACUUCACAUGUGCCACAGACACAAAAAAUGUGCAGUUUGUUUUUGAUGCUGUAACUGAUGUCAUUAUUAAAAAUAAUCUUAAAGACUGUGGCCUCUUCUGAGAACAGACAGAAGGUUGUUAAAUGGUAAAUUACAUGCCUGAGAACAGGACUUAGGCAUUUGGAAUAUGCCCAUGCUGUAUAAAACCUGCAUAGAUAUACUCAAUUCUCUUUUAUUUUAUUUCUAGGUUUGGAGAACGACUUCGCACAAUUCUAAUCUGAUUCUUUUCAAGGUGAAAGAAAUAAAAAAAUACAUUGUGCUGAAUGAUAGAUCAGUACUGUACUUGCCUGUUUUAACAGCUUUAUUUAUGUUUGUCUUGUAAAUUUAAGUAAUUAGUUAACACUGAGAUGUCAGUUGAUUGUAUGUAAACUUAUAAUUGUAGUAAUGUAUUUGUAUAAACGUUGAACGGAAUAUUUUAGUAACUUGAUGUCCUCUAAAAUUUCCUUGUCUUAUGAAGAUACUCUUAGAGGAGACAGACACGUUUUGCCUUUGGAUUAUUUAAACAUCUUGUAAAAUUCAAUUUUCUUUUCAUCUUAAGGGUGCAUGCUGCCUUAUUCUUUACUUUGUUGGUAAUACUGUAUAUGGUGUUAGCUAUUUUGAUAUUUAAACAGCCUUGUACACGUGCUCAGAUUUAAAGAAAUAUAACCAAUAAAACUUGUUUUUGCCUUAAGUUU